CUUCGGGGCUUUGCGGGACUCCAUAGCCGAACAUGGGGUACAAUUUUGUCACCGUUUGCGCACAGCGACUGUGAGGGAAAAGCAAUGGAAAAGAAGUUUUGAAACGGAUAAAAUAUACGCGCGUGUGUGUGUGUGUUUUCUUUCAAAGUCUCGGCUUUUAGAAGAAUCCAGUCAUCUCCAUCUGAGCGCGUCUGCCACACAGAGAGAGGAGAGGCUUUAUUGGAAACUCUCAGACUUUCGCAGCCCCUCUGAACCCUCUGAGCUCUUCCAAGGACUGGGAAUCAAGUCAAAAAGUUUCAUGCUGAAUUUUCUCACAUUGUCCUAAGGGUGAAAGGGAGCAGCCGGCCAAACAGUCUCAGAGCUCCAAUGCCAGUGGACAUGCAGCCACACCAGGGGCUGUAUCACUAUGAGUCAACACCCAAUCAGCCCUCCAGAGGCCUAGCCCCGUCAGGACGGUCUCCCUACAGUGAUGUGUCCUCGCUGCGCGCACCACUUCACAACGGCCCUCCCCAGGACUGCCGAGCAAUGUAUAAUCCUAUGACCCCCAGUAUGACUCCUGGACCUGGGCCGGGACAGGGGAUCGGCGCCUGCUUGGAUCAGUACAUGAGGCCCCCACAAGCCCCACCCCCACACAGUAUGAUGGGCCACCGGGGCAUGCCGUCCACAGAGGGUGGCAAUGGCGCCCCCUACUGUAACCAGAACAACAUGAUGUCCUCUCAUCAUAGCUUCUGCCAGGGCCAGCCUGGCUCUGAUCAGAUCAGCUCUGGGGAUGGGUCACGGUUCUCCACACCUCGGUCCAUGCUGAAGCUUAGUAAAAAGAGAGCUCUGUCCAUCUCUCCUCUAUCUGACGCCAGCGUAGACCUGCAGACAGUCAUCCGCACAUCACCCAACUCCCUGGUGGCCUUUGUCAACUCUCGGUGCAACCCCAAUGGGGCCAGCUCUUACGGCCAUCUGUCCGUAGGCGCCAUGAGUCCGUCCUUGGGCUAUUCCAGCUCUAUGAACUACCAGUCGAGGCCACAGGGCUCCCUGUAUGGAGGAGGUGGGGGGACCCCACUGGGUGGACACACGCCAGGACCCUGCCAAGCACCCCGUCUGCCACCCCACAAUCCCCGGCUCCACGCGCCAUCCAAGCAUGGACACCUGAAGACGGAGCCAGGGCUGGGUGUGAUGGAUGGCAUUAAUGUCAAGAGCCUGGAGGAGAGGUCAGAGGGAGACGUGGCCAGUCCAUCCUCCACCGGCACACAGGACCCCUUGCUUGGUCUCCUAGAUGGCAGAGAUGACUUGGACAAGGAGGACGGGAAGCCUGAACCGGAGGCCAUCUAUGAAACCAACUGCCACUGGGAGAGCUGCAACAAGGAGUUUGACACACAAGACCAGCUGGUUCACCACAUCAACAAUGAGCACAUCCAUGGAGAAAAGAAGGAGUUUGUGUGCCACUGGCAGGACUGCUCUCGGGAACAAAGGCCUUUCAAAGCCCAGUAUAUGCUGGUGGUUCAUAUGCGCAGGCACACAGGAGAGAAACCACACAAGUGCACUUUUGAAGGCUGUAACAAGGCCUACUCUCGCCUGGAGAAUUUAAAGACCCACUUGCGUUCCCACACCGGAGAGAAACCAUAUGUGUGUGAACAUGAAGGCUGCAAUAAGGCUUUCUCCAAUGCUUCAGACCGGGCCAAGCACCAGAACCGCACUCACUCCAACGAGAAACCCUACGUAUGUAAGAUCCCAGGCUGCACGAAACGGUAUACAGACCCCAGCUCCCUGCGUAAACAUGUGAAGACGGUCCACGGCCCUGAAGCCCAUAUCACCAAGAAGCAUCGAGGAGACACCGGCCCUCGGCCACCUGGCUCAGCUAUGACCCCUGGUGGCCCAAACUCUGAACUGCUGUUAGAAAAAGAAGAGACACGCAGGGAGGACUGUAAACUACUGGCUCCAGAGACUGCUCUGAAAUCUCAGCCAAGCCCUGGCGGUCAGUCCUCCUGCAGUAGCGAACGUUCUCCACUAGGGAGUGCCAACAACAAUGACAGUGGGGUGGAGAUGAACCUGAACGCAGCAGGCAGUCUGGAGGACCUCACAGCGCUAGAGGAUGGAGUAGCAAGUGGUGGAGGAGGAGGUGGGGAGGCAGGCAGUAUAGGAGGAACAAUGGGCAUGUCAGCGCAGGCUCUAAAGAGGCUUGAGAACCUGAAGAUUGACAAGCUAAAGCAAAUCCGCAGGCCCACCCCUCCUGGCCGCUGCGCCAGUAACAAGCUACCUGCACUCCCUGGUUCAGGGGAGAUGACAGGAAUGUGUGCGCCCUCUCCACUCCUCUCUAAUCGACGUGUUAUGGAGCUGUCUAAUCAUGAGGGAGGGGGUGGUAAUUCUAUGGCCUGCUCCACCAAUGAUAGGAGAGGAAGCGGCACUAGCAGCCUAAGCUCUGCCUACACAGUGAGCCGUCGGUCAUCGAUGGUGUCUCCUUACUUGUCCAGCCGACGCUCUAGUGAGGUUUCCCAGAUGGGAGGAACAGGAGGCGGGUGUCACCUCCUAGGUCCAGACCAAGGUGGGGGAGACCCUCUCUCUCCUGAGACCAGUCGCAGAGGAGCUUCCCGUCCUGGAGGUGGAGGUUUGCCAGGUCUUCCUAGUUUAACCCCCGCCCAGCAAUACAGCCUAAAGGCCAAAUAUGCUGCAGCAACAGGUGGCCCACCCCCUACUCCAUUACUCAACAUGGAGCAGCCAGGUACCCCAGGUAGAAGAGGAGGUUUUUUAAGCGAGUACCAGGGGCAGCCUCUGCCUCCCUUUCUUCAACAAGGUGGCCUACGUAGGCACAGUGCCAACACAGAGUAUGGCACUGGAGUUAUCUAUCCUCACCAGGCUCCAGGUAACAACAGCAGGCGAGCCAGUGACCCAGUUCGAUCAGCAGGAGAUCCACAAGCCCUCCCUAAGGUACAACGCUUCAAUAGCCUUAAUAAUGUAGCCAUGAUGGGCCGGAGGAAUGCACUGCAGCACUGCGGCUCUGACGCCAAUAUUGCCCGCCAUAUGUACUCCCCUCGGCCACCUAGUAUCACAGAGAAUGUUAUGAUGGAGGCCAUGGCCAUGGAGUCUCACCAUGGCUCUGCAGAUUCUAUGAUGAUGCCUGCUGGAGAGAGAGGUUUUAUGGGAUACCAGCAGCAGCACCAUCCAAUGGGUGGUGGAGCAGGUGGAGGACCACCGUCCAGCCAGCUGUCCCCAGGCCAUGAUCCUCUGGGCUGCCCAGACCAAGGUUACAUUCAGGGGCACUACCAGAACCAGCGAGGAGAUGCCAGCUCCAGGAGUGGUGUAAGUCAGAUGGGCCAGGCAGGGCCUAUUCACCCAGAGGGCAUGUCUAAUACACUUCUCCAACAAGCUGAGUACAGUAUGAGCACCUGCCAGCUGAGUCCCUCAGGUCCCCAUUACCCCAGCCUAGGACAGGGUGGGGAGGCUGGGGUGGGGACAGGUCCUUGGGAUGAGACCCAUAGCCAGGUCCAAACUUCCAACCAUGCUCUCCAGAACCAGGGAGGGAUGCAGUACUCUGACCCCAGCAUGCAAUCCCAACAGGCCCACUUUAACAAUCAGACAGGCCUCUAUAACAGUCCAGAUGGAACCCAUAAACUCACCAUCAAACCUGAGCAGCAGUUCCAUCCUGGGAUGGGAGUCGGAGAUGCCUGUCAAAGUGCUAAGCUCCAGCAUCAACAACAGCGGCCACUCCCCCAGCAGACUCAGGGUUACCCACAGCAGACAGGCCAGGUUAUGAUGAGGAACAAUCCCAGCUGUGACUUCCAUAGCCAGAUGGAUCCCCAAGGGCAGAACCAGAACUCCUUCCCCAGUGCAGGGGGCCUCAGCCUGGGUUGUGCUGGCUCUGCACUUUCUGAUGGGCGGAGGUCCCAGACUCCUAUGAUGCAGGUGAAGGAGAUGAUGGUGAGGAACUAUGUGCAGUCCCAACAGGCACUGAUGUGGGAGCAGCAACAAGAACAGCAACAGCAGCAGAGUGGAGUAAAGCCCCCUCCACUUUCUGACAGUAUGGACAUGAGUGGCCAGACAGCAAUGAUGCAACACAGUCCACAGCAUCAAAACCAGAACCUUUACUCCAACCAGCCCUUUCCCUCCUACCCCAAUCAGAACCUGGUGAUGAGCCCUCAGGCUCACAGCCAAGGACCCAGCUCUGUGCCACCUAAAGACCAGCAGCUGACAGCUCUCCAAAGCUCAUGCUAUGGACAGGAGAUGGUUGUCCCUAGGCCCCCUCAGGGACGUAAACCUCUCAGCCGCCAAAACAGUUUGUCACAGCAGUCAGGAGGGGGCUACCUGGGCAGCCCACCCCACCUCAGUCCUGUCCACUCCACUUCCAGCCCCAGAAGAGGGGUCCGACUACCCCCAGUCCAGCAUCCACAGCACCCUCAAAACGAGAUGUUUUCCCCUUCCAAUAACAACAUGUAUUACUCGGGUCAGAUCCACAUGGAUAUGGAGAAACACACAGACUCGCAGAGUGGUCCUUGUUUGAACCAGCAGCAUAGCAUGGGGUCCAACCUGGUCCCAACGGUUGGUACCAAAUCUGCCUCCCUGGCUCACUACCCUGAGUCUGGCCCUAUUUCCAAUGCCCUGGAGAACCUAGACCUGGACAACGCUCAUAUAGACUUCACCUCCAUCAUUGACGACACUGAGCCUUCAUCCUUCAGCCCGGUCAACAAUCCACUUCAAGGGCAGCCUGGGUCUUCCUCCCAGACCUCGUCACGUCUCACCACUCCCCAGACCUCUGUCACUUUAGCCCCAGGCUCUGGGCUGUCCAACAUGGCUGUAGGUGACAUGACAUCCAUGCUUACCUCACUGGCUGGAGAGAACAAAUACCUAAACACACUGUCUUAGAAGAUGCCUCUAUGAUUUUUUUUCUACAACACUAAUACUCAAACUGAGGCCUUGGUCAUUUCUGAAUGUUUUAAUUUAGAUCUUAACUGAAAAUAUCAGUGUCCCACUAGCCAGAGGCUAGUAUUUUUCUGUUUGGGGUAGCGCAAAUAUGUCUUCACCUACCACAUUUUGAAUGACACGGAAAUGACAGCCAAACCAGAUCUACUGAGCCGGUGCUCAAAACCUUAGGUUCUAUUGCUUAUUUAGAUCAUCCCUUGUACAUUACAUAGUCUGGGUCAGGUAGACUGGACAAAUGACCUUGUGGAAGGAGGGAAAGUAUAUAUGGAUUGGUAGUCUGGGCUGUUUUUAAUACACUCCAAUGAGCCUUCAUUACUAAACCCUAACCUUAAUCCUGGUUUCUUAAAGCAAGAAACAGGAUCCAGAAUGACAUAUUGUAAUGAGUCUGGGUUAAAGGUUGCAACUAAGUCACUCAUUUGGUCCAAGGCUCAAAAAAUGUAAGAAUCCCUGCCUGAAACCUUAAAACCAAAGGUGCCUGAUCAACCUCCCAUGCUGUAUUGUUCCCUCACUGCCUUGGUACUUGGUAUUUUUCUGUGCCUAUGGUAAGACACAGAAGUGUUUGCCUGAUAUGAAUUUGAUACUGGACAUUUUCCAAACAGGCAUUCCAGUCAUGUAGGGCUGUGGCAAAAGUGGAGCAGAGAAGGAUACAUGUAAAUACGUUUUAUAUACAUUUAUAUAUGCUGUGUAUAUGACAAUGUGGGCAGUGAAGAAUUUCUCUACUGUCUUAGACUGCUUGGAUUCUGAAGGCCAAUGUUCAGAUGGGAGUUAAAGAAAUAAUUUUCUGAAGAGUUGAGUGAAGACUAAAGAAAGAGGGCUUUCAGUGACUGAAAAAUGACAAUGUCUCAGUGCUACUUAAUAUUAACCUGUAUUGCAAAGGAUUUCUUCUUGUCAGGGAACAGCACACUCUAUACUCGUGGCAUAUCAGUAUUCCUACAUAGCAUGCAUACACACAUAGACACAGACACACAAAGAAAUGCACACAGCAACACUCAGGCCUCUGAAUAUUUGGUGUUUGAUUCAUGGUUUAGUGGCCUUUUCAAACAGUUUGCACUCAACAUGUUUACUGUACGUGUUCCUAAAGCAGCUGUGUAAUUAUUUUUCAGUGGUGUGAUUUAUUAAAACAAAUAUAGUAAGUGCCUUGCUCUGUCUAAGCUAUAUGCAUAGGGCAUAAUGCGAAAAUGUCAAACUUAAAGUAGAAUGUGUGCAACAAUCCCUUCCAAUCUAUCUCAUUUCAAUGGUAACGCCUCCACUCAAUGUUAACCUGACCUCUGACUAAUACACGACCCAGCUGAUGAUGACGGCCAUUUUGAACGAACCUUGAGUCAGCUGUUGUGUAGUCUGUAUUUCAGGAACUGAGGUACAGUCAUAGUACAGCAUCGCUGAACUUUUGCUCCAGUCCAGUUCCUUAGAAAAUUAUACGUUACUAAUUCAGGACAGAUUAAAGGAGGUGGAUUUUUUUUUUUAACAUUGGCUACCACUGUAGUAAAAUCUGUAUACUGUGGGUACACUGAGGUACUAUUGUGUGACUGUUGAGGUGCAUCACUUUGAAGUACUCUGUAGCUCUUGGUAGUCGAACCAAUUUUACACUGUGGCAUUGCACUGACUACAGCACUGUGUGGCAAGGUCUCCGUCUCUUUAGACUAUUCAUAUGAACCUCAUUUUGCUGAUGACAAAAGAUUACCACAGUAUUUUUUACUAGUCACUAUAGAACAGAUCUGAGCACAGCUGGAUCACAUGAGGCCACAUGAAAGUAUUGUUGUUGAAGCUAUUUUUAUGUGACCAUUCAGAAUAGUCAUGUGUAGCUGCUAAGUGUUACUAAGCAUUACUAAGCAUUAAUAAGAAUUAAUAUUUCUGGGUCUUGAUUUUUGGAAAAAGAGUAUGACCUACCAAAGACAAUUUAAAAUGACUGAGAAAAUGAUGCACAAAUCGCCUAUAUUAACACAACACUAACACCAGCAAUAAGGGCAUGAACAUUGAUUGAUAGUGCUGUUCUUUAGAAUGUAUGAGAUGUUUUGUAUAAAAUUAUCUUUUUAUAUUAAUGAACUUCAUGGAUGUUGCCUUCUCUCUGUGUGUUUUUGAUAACUGUCAUCCUUCAAUCAGACUUUUUGCUGGCAAAAGAAUAUCACCUUUAGCAACAAAAAGCUAUAAUACUAGUGUUAACUAUAAUAGACAAAAGCCAAGUGUUAUAUUUUGUGUACAAUUUUCUACAUUUUUAUACAAAUGUACUAUAUUUUACCAGUUUAUGAAUAAAACAUGUUCAGAUUUGG